AAUUCGCUAUAUGAAUCAUCAGUCAAUUGUUCUUUGUGGCUCGUAGCUCAGACGGAUCUUCAAUAGUCAAGAAAUUGAAGUCUCUGUUCCAAACGCUCAGGCCAAUAUAGCUUAGAAAUAAAGGUUUUCUAGUGAAGUCAUCCAAAUCCAUAGAUCAUUCCAUGCCACUAAACGUUCUCGGCUUAGGGCGAGUCUAGCCCAGAAACGGCAUAACCACCUCCGCCUGCACAGCCCGUGAAGCUGGAAGCUUGCAACAUCAUCAUCACAAAGAGCAUCACCAAAGACAAAAUGGGUCUCCUACGGCUAGGAGCGUUUACCCUUUCAUCUCUGGCCCUCGCGUUCGCAUUCCAGGAUACGUCGCCAUUGUUCUUGUUCUCGACGUCGAAAGAGCUUGAUGGCUUCGAAACGAGAGUUCCGCAACUAACGACAGAAUCGCACGUUACAGCACAGGUGCAAAAUGUAUUGAAAGGGUGCACAACGAAGUCAUACGUGGUUGUAUCGCAACCGAACGUGAGGACUGCGGACUAUGCCAGCGCGGCUGCAGCACCAUAUCUACAACGCUACGUUGCAAGAGACAACAAAAAGAUAGUUUCGUCGACGACGAUACCAGAAGUAGUUGGAGGAACGGAUGCAGAAGUGAUGACCACAUAUCUGAAAAAACAAUGUGGAGCGAGUGUCACGGAGGUGAAUGCUGCGGACGGAUACAUCUCACUUGCGGACAAUUAUCCAAGGGUGAUCAAGGUACAAUUCAUGAACCUCGCUCAAUAUCCAGAAGAGAGAAUGGCGAGUCUCAAGCAAAACGACAUUUUCCUCGACGCUGUCAUUCAAAGCCUCCACGACGAAGCCAAUUUUACAGUCAUAUAUACCACAACACCUCCGCCCAGAACAGAUGACCCGGGUCUCUCACAGCAAGAGCACGUAUACGGGCAAUAUGAGAUGGAUGACGGGAUGUCCGCCCUGCACGUUGAGCUGAAGAGAGACCUUGGUAUCCGAACAUCCAACGACUCACUCCCACUCUUCGAGAAGUACAUGUUUCUAUCCCCAGGUAUCUUCAUGGGCUUCAUCGCAAUCCUUCCUCUCUUUCUCUUAGCAUACGUCGGUGUUUCUGCUGUUGCUGGUCUCGAAGUGUCAUACUUUGCAUUCAGCAAGGAAAUGGGUCCUGCGGCUCAGAAGAAGCAACAGUAA